AUGCGCAUUUCAAUGCUUCUCUUGUUUCUUCUUGCAUUUCGAGCGGCCGGGGCAACUUGCCCAUGCGAUGGAAUAACUAUCGCUGGAAGUGAUCAGGAUCACUGCUGGCAAAUUCAAGCCAGAACUGGAUCCACUUGGGGAGAAGCUGAUGAUUCAUGUGUGGCUGUUGGAGGACAUCUUGGACAUCCGUCUGCAGACAACUACGCUUCGAUCAUUGCAUUCGGUCAGAAGGAAUCGAGUUUGCCGGUCUUGACUGGAAUUGUGGCUGGAAAUAUGGAAAUUCCGGUUGUUGGAGCGUUGUGCCAGGAUAAUGGGUACUAUGGUGUGAUUGCGAACACGACUGGAUUGAUUAAAAAUACGCCAACAACUUCCACUACGUGCACUUACAUCAAAUCCUCAUCUGAUGCUCUCGUCUUUGAUUCUUGCUCAAUUGAUGCCAAUAUCUUGUGUGAUCGCCCGCUGGAAAAAAACGACUACUGUAGCAUCAUGGCAAAUUGCUCAUCAACCACCACAAUGUUCUCCAGCACUACCAGUUUGUCAUCAACGACAGGAUUGACUUCGACGACCUCUCUAUUCUCCUCGACUACAGGAUCCUCCACGGCGACCGGACUUACCACACCAACAGAAAUUACGACAGCCGCUGUGACUUCUAACAUCUCAACCACGUCAACAGCCACGCAACCCCCCGUCGCUUCGUCAUCGCCAGCAACAGGUGGAACGUCUCCAAUCACCACUCCACAAACCGGUGGAUCAACAGCUGUAACAGGGACUACGGUCACUACUAAAGGUUUGGGAGGAUCAGGAGGUGGUUCCGGUUCUGGAACUGUUACAACAUUGGCAACAAAUCCAACUACGUGCCAGUGUCCUAACAACAAUAAUGGAGUAGCAACAACACCUGCAACAACGACUAAACCUUCGGAAGGCUCGUGCUCUCAACCAUCGGGAUGUUUGAAGUAUCAAUGGAAGAUUUUUGGAAUGUGCGUGGAUUGGAGAGCAAUGUUGGCCUUGAUUGGAAUCAUGUUUGGAAUUUUCUUGUUCUGCUGUUUGUGCCAUUGCUGUAUGCAUGCGUGUAUGUAUUGUUCGCCAAGAAAGAAAGAUCAAGUCAAAAAAGUAGACUAUGAUGUCGAGAAAUCGGAUGCUGUUAUUCUUCCACCUCCAGCUAUCCAACCAGAACCAGUUUACAUCACAGUGCCAGAAAAGCACGAAUCUGUUUACGGAUUCCACACCAAGGAAAUUAUCCACGUGUUGCCUGAGAAACCAGCUACUAAGGAUGUUGCCACAAUGACCGAUCAAAUCGACGAGCUGCCUGCAUUCCUUCCAGUUCCUGUUAACGCUCCAGUCAUGAAACGCAAGAAGGCAGUUAAGAAACCAAAGAAGAUGUUCAUCCCAGCUACCGCUGAUCCAAUUGAGGAAGAUGUCGCUGCUGAAAUCCCAAUCGAUAUUCCUGACAGCCCAGGAGCCCGUUCUGUUGCUCCACUUGGUGACGUUCCUGAGCCUGUUCCGAUGGUCCCGUUGAAUUUCUCUUGUAAUCCGAAGCCAAUUGUGCCAGAGCCAAAGCCACAAGAUGGCAUUCCGCCAAUGCCAAGAACUAAUCAGAACUCUCCCGGGGCGCCGGCUCAUCAACGGAAGCCGCAAUCUGAUAACGAGGAAUUUGAUCCGUCCGGAUUAAGAUCACCACCAAUUCCACCCGCAGGAAAAUCAAAUGCUAAUGCUCCAAGAAGAAUGACGUUCUCCCCAAUUGCUGAUGAGUCUGAAGAGGAAACCGGCGCUCGCAUUCCGUCACCACCUCGUGAGCCAAGAGCAUCAUCUGGAGGAAGAAAAGGAAACGGCGAGAACAAUGGAUCCGGUGGUCUUCGCUCGAACUCGAAUUCGGAAAAUCGUCCAACUUUGAAGAAUCAACGUCUCAACGAAAUGUCAUCCCCAACUCCGGCGGCUAAUGCACCUGCUAAAUCUCCGGUUCCUUCGAGUGGUGGAGCCUCCAACAAUCCGUUUGCGAAUAUUGGUGGAGGAGGAAAUUCGCCAGCGUUUGGAGGGGAGGGAGGAUCGGGACCACAUCCAGGAGAUGAUGUUGGAAUGAGAGCUGCUAGAGGAAAACUUGGAGGGGCUGUCCGGGGCGGUGGCGGUGGUGGAGAAGCACCAAGUGGAUGGAAACCAUGGGCCAAAGGAGGUGCACGUCGUUAA